ACGGACACCGUGUGGACAUGGUGGAAGUCGGUUAGCCUGCUAGCCGCUUUCGGGCUGUUUAUUAUCAUGAUACAAUGUUCCAUAACAUGUAAUAACGUGUCUGUUGAUGAAGGAGGAGGUGGAGGGGAUGUGGCUCAAUAAUGGGAAACGUUUUUGGGAGAAAAAGUCGACCUACGCGUGUAACGGAACAAGACAAAGCCAUCUUGCAAUUAAAGCAGCAGAGAGAUAAGCUGAAGCAGUACCAGAAGAGAGUCACCCUCCAGCUGGAGACAGAGCGACUUCUGGCAAAGCAGUUGCUAAAUGAUGGAAAGAAAGAAAAGGCGCUGCUGCUUCUUAAGAAAAAGCGAUAUCAAGAUCAGCUACUAGACAAGACUGAAAAUCAGAUAUCAAACCUAGAGAGGAUGGUUCAAGAUAUUGAGUUCAUGCAAAUUGAGGCGAGAUUCAUCGAGGGACUUCAGGUUGGCAAUGAUUGUCUGAAGAGUAUGCACGAGAUCAUGUCAAUCGAAGAUGUGGAGAGAAUCCUGGAUGAGACCCAGGAAUCAAUUGAAUAUCAAAGGCAAAUAGAUGAAAUGCUGGCUGGCGCCUUGACGCAGGAGGACGAGGAGGCGGUUCUAGCAGAGCUGGAAGCCAUCACUCAGGGAGAAGAUGUAGCACUUCCAGACAUCCCAACUGAGCCCGUACCAGAUGUCCCGGAGGCAGCUAACACUGAACCAGAGCGGAGAGUCGCAAAGGACACGCCAGACAGAGAAAUGUUAUCAGCCUAGAACAGAAUCAAUUUGUGAUGAAGAGGAGGCUGUCUUUGUACAGAUGGGCACUCUGUUUAUUUCACUAGGUGGGACCUGCACACAUCGGUGCUCACCUGAAGUAUCUACAUAAUGGACUUGUGUUCGCAAAGCCAUGUCACAUUGUAACUCUUAUGGUAAUAGGUUUACAGAAAGAACGGACAUUUGUAGAUGUUUUACACAUUCAUGUCAGUUGUUUUCCAUAUUAAAUUGAGCUAUGACCACAGUA